AGACCGGAGCGAGCAGGCAUGCCGGCGCAUGCGCGAUGAUCGGCCUCUCUCUGACUGGACGCUGGCGGCAGCCGCCAUCUUCCUCGGAGCCGGACAGAGGUGUCGGAGAUUUGUUCCAGGCUCCGGUGAGGCCGAGUCCCAGCCCCAGUCCCCCGCCCCCGUGUCCCCUCCCGCGCUUCCCACGGGACACAGCCGGGAGCAGCAUGGAGGAUGACGGACAGCCCCGGACACUGUACGUAGGUAACCUCUCCAGGGAUGUGACAGAAGUCCUGAUUCUCCAGCUAUUCAGUCAGAUCGGGCCUUGUAAAAGCUGUAAAAUGAUCACAGAGCAAACAGACAGCCGGAGGGUGGCUGCGUCCGUAGGCUUCUCCGUCCUGCCAAACACCAACAAUGACCCUUACUGCUUUGUGGAGUUCUUUGAACACAGAGACGCAGCCGCUGCGUUAGCAGCUAUGAAUGGGCGGAAGAUAAUGGGAAAAGAGGUGAAAGUAAAUUGGGCAACGACUCCCAGCAGCCAGAAGAAAGACACUUCCAAUCACUUUCAUGUAUUUGUUGGGGAUCUGAGUCCGGAAAUCACCACAGAAGACAUUAAAUCUGCUUUUGCGCCAUUUGGUAAAAUAUCUGAUGCCAGGGUGGUGAAGGAUAUGGCGACUGGAAAAUCCAAGGGCUACGGCUUUGUGUCGUUCUACAACAAGCUGGAUGCUGAAAACGCCAUUGUUCACAUGGGCGGCCAGUGGUUAGGUGGACGGCAGAUCAGAACUAACUGGGCAACUCGCAAACCGCCUGCGCCAAAGAGCACCCAGGAAAAUAACACUAAGCAGCUGAGGUUUGAAGAUGUCGUCAACCAGUCCAGCCCAAAGAAUUGUACUGUGUACUGUGGUGGAAUCGGCUCUGGCCUUACUGAUCAGCUGAUGCGCCAGACGUUUGGGGUGUUUGGACAGAUCAUGGAAAUCAGAGUUUUUCCUGAGAAAGGCUACUCCUUUGUUAGGUUCUCCAGCCAUGACAGUGCGGCACAUGCCAUCGUGUCUGUGAAUGGAACCACCAUAGAAGGUCACGUAGUAAAGUGUUACUGGGGCAAAGAGACACCGGACAUGACAAAGAAUUUCCAGCAGGUGGACUACAGUCAGUGGGGUCAGUGGAACCAGGUGUACGGGAGCCCCCAGCAGUACGGGCAAUAUGUGCCCAAUGGCUGGCAAGUGCCAUCUUACAGCAUGUAUGGCCAAGCAUGGAACCAACAAGGCUUUGGAGUAGAACAAUCCCAAUCCGCUACUUGGAUGGGUGGAUUCGGCACCCAGCCUCCACCACAAGCACAGGGCCCACCAGUGAUACAAAACCCCUCAGGGUACAGUAUGGCCAGUUACCAAACGCAGUGAGAAGAACUUUUCUACACGUCCGAGCCCCGCGCUGGCUCAUUUACCGGAGGAAAGAAGAGGGGAAUAUCCACAGACACAAUAUUUAUUUCAAGCUCAAAUCGUUUUGGAACCUGUAGCUCCUGUCAGCUUUAAAGAACAUUACUUUUUAGAUUUCUGCUUUUUAAGAAACCCCCAUUCCCCCACCCUGGAGUUCAGGACUGGUCUUAAAAUCCAAGUUUCUUUUAUGUACAUAAUAAAAGCCAUUUGAGAGAGCUGGGCAGAGACUAAAUUAUCCAGUUGGCAAAAUUCUUGUCACUUUUUAGUUCUUUUUUUUUUACUUUUUAAAGUCUCUGGCUGAUUUUUAACAGGUCUGGGUUUGUGUCGGUGCAGACACGGGGGGUGUAAGGGGGCUUGCGUUGGUCCUGUCCCUAAUCUAAUGUCUUGAUUGUGCUGCUAGUUUCCAAUAAUUGCUGUGACAUGGCGGAAUAGUCACACGUCUGGUCUGUAGUCAACAGCGCUGCCGGCUGAAGGAUCUCAGAUUGUCUUCUUCAUAACCGCUGAACAGAUGAGUCUUCUUGUUACGGACAAUGACCUGCUCUCGUUCAGUAGCAAUAUAUAUAUAUCUGCCGUGUAUAUAGUAGGAAAGUUUUCUACAAGACUGUACUUGCGCACACAGCCGGCGGCCGAGCACAUGAUACUGUACAUCCAAUAUGGCCGUCUCUUCAGUUCUCGGGCGCCCUGUAGCUUUAUUAUUUCUGUAGCGUUACCCUGAACGUCAUGGGUAUGAAGGACACUGUUCUCCACACGCCUGUUACUAAUCUGAUUUUUCUUCCUAUUAAUGGGACACGAUGUGUGUGUAUAUAAACUUACCCAGCAUGCUGCACUGUAGAUGUGUUUUCUAGUCCUAAUGGUGUUUCCAAAGUUAACUUGGGUUUGAAAGGGGUCAAUGAGUUGAACCUAUUCCAGGAGAAGCCUUAAUUUCAGUUCUCUAAACGUUUCUUUUCUAUCAUCUCUCCUAUUCUGACUAAUUUGACUUACUAUGUAAAUUCUUUGUUUAAAAAUGUUUUAAUUUUUUUUUUUUUUAAUAUAUAACUUUGUUUUUUUUGCUUUGCGUAACUUCAUCCUGAGCUUUGUGUGGGAGGCUUUUUUUUUGUUUUGUUUUUAUAUUAUGUUCAAGCGCUUUCUAAAACAGAUGUUAAUAAACCCUGUAACAUGUUGCAUUGUGCCGUUUUACCGGAUGAAAUGCGAUGGUAAGAAUGUAGUUGCCGGAGUGACCCGCUGGUGGUGGAGUUUGAAUGGGAGCGCUUGGUGUCGCUCUGUGUGGAAGCGCAGAAACCAUAUUAUCUUUCCACUACAAUAUUUUUAUUUUUUUGGACCCAUUUCUAAACUCCAAUAAACUUUUAAUGAUAUCAAAA